CCUAUACCUCUGUGUUAAGCGCUAGAGUUUAAAGUCAAGUUGCAUACGCCAAUUAUAAUUUCAUGGUGAUAAACCGUAAUAUCACUUUAGGAACACAAGUAUCUACGAUGGCUUCAUUGUUUACAAAUUUAACCCUCAUGGCAGGAGUGUUGGCGUUUUAUUACUGUACAGUCGUUCUUGCGCACGAGCCGUUUAAAACACUGAAAGGCAAGUUCACGGCUACCCAGAGUGGACUGUACGACAUGCCCUUGACGAUCAACGACGCUGUGGAUUCCGGGUACGUCUGGGCGGGACACGAUGACGAUCUGAACAGCAGUGUAUACUCUCUACCUGGAGACACGAGGGUGUGCGUGCUAUUCGACUGCUAUAGUGUCAUUGCAGGACUCCGCAUUUGUUUCAUCAAGGCAGACGUGGGGAUUCGAGCUGCAUCCAACAACCUGUCUUUUCCCUACAAUUUCGACGAAAAGCCGCAAUUUGUCAGCCACGACUACUGGGAUAGUCCAGCCUGGUGCUUUGAUGUCCUCUUUGAUUGUCCAGAGACGAUCAAAUCAGGCAACCGCCAUUAUCAGGAAGGUGUAGUAGCAGAUUUUAUCUGGUUGUACAUCCCAACAGCGCCUCAAGGUUGGACCAAAAUAGCAAGAGAUGAGUCGGGCGUGCUGGCUCAAAACUUUACAAAACAAGGCUGCUAUCCUGGGAUGGGACAACAUUACUUCUACGAGAUCUCGCCCACCCACACUACAGAUUGCCAGGAUUACGAAGGGUUCUUCGUCAUAUUCGACAAAGGAGAACUAAUUGGUUUGGGGAUUUCUCCUGUUUGUAGUUUUACGAUUGGAGAUAGAGAAUGGAUGGAAGACGCACCUUUGGAACUUAUUGAGAUAAUUGUACCAUAUGGACCAUCUUGCUUAGACGAUUGGGUGACAAAUUAUGGUAUCACUGGUUUCCAUAUGUUUCUAGUCCCUAACGCUUCAGAAACGACCUGCCCAACAUGAUUUCAUGGAUUAUAAUUUCCGUGACAAAAAGAAAUAAAGAGAAUACAUAUAUAUAUAUAUAUAUAUAUAUUUUUUUAUUGAUAUUUAUAUUUUUAGAUUUAAAAAAACGAAAGAAAGUGAUUAAAUUAUCCUUGAACUUAUAUGAACUGAUCCUAAGUAUAUCGAUUUAUUCUGAUUUAUGUCAAAAAUGUAUGUAUACUUUAGCAAUAUUUUAAAUAAUAUUUUUCCUAUUGUAUUUUAUGGUCAUAUUUUGUAUUCAAUAUUGUUUUCCUCUAAAAUAUACUCUAAAAAUGUUGCUUUAUCGGAAACGAAAUUAAAAUUAAUGUUUCUAUCCGAAAAGAUGUUUUGGAUAGUGUUCAGUUAAGUAUUAAAAUAUACAUAAAUAAAAAAAAUCAUAUUU